GGCGCGGCGAGGGCAUAAUGCUGGAUUAGGUGGGCCUUUGGCUUGAUCCAGCGCGGCUGUUACAUUCUAAAAUGCUGGUAGGUUUUUGUGUUGACUAGCAAACUAACAAACAAAAGCAAACAAAUGUGGAAAUAUGGUGAAGUGAAAACUGGAAAAAUGAGAAAGUGAGAGAAGCUGACAUGGAAAGAUUAGCUCAGCGCUAUUUUCCCUUUGCUGCUGCUGCUGCUGCCACAACCACAACAACUAGUUGUGUCUGUUAAGUGGCCUAAGAGCAAGCUAGGUACCUGAUACAGAUUAAAACAACACAGCUCUGCCUAAGGGCUCACCACCUAAUUAGUAAUAUUAGAGGCUGCAAACUGCACCGAGUGCCUGGAGGAUGCUUUGGGCAGCCAUUUUGUUUCUUCCUUAGUGAAACUGUGGGCUUAGAUCAGGCAAACUAGGUUAGAUGGAUAAAAUAAAAACAAAUAAAAUACAAACAUAAAUAAAAACAAAGAAGCAUUCAAAAAUACAUGGGGAAAAUGCAAAUUUGUGUAUGUUAGGCAAAAAAUUGAGCUAUAAACAAUACGGCCAAUAUGAGCUGCCAUGUUCCCAGAUACUAUGGUGAUUUCCGCCCAGACACUGUUGCCGACAACAGUAUUCCGUAUAUCUCCAGGAAAUUGUGGACGUGUGGCAACACUGGGUUUGUGAAAUUUUUUCCAAUACUGCCACUUGCUUUAUGCCUUCUUGCACAGAGGAGGGAAAGCACCAGUAAUUAAAAUUUGCCUGUCCACCAUGAGCAUGACAACACUUCCAAUUGGGAACUCUGGGGCUGCAACUAUAUCCUCUGGGCUGAGGCAAUGGGAAAUCACGGUUGGUCAUCGAAGAGUCACCCACCUGUGGGGAAUGAAAGCUCCUUACAUUAUUCACAGCUCUGCAAUUUAAAAGUUCGAUAUGAAAGGAGCUGCACUGUGUCCGUCUCAGCUUUGGGAAUUUAGAAGGUGUGUAGCGGUUGCUUGUUUAUGAGGAAAAUUUAUACAGAAGAGGCGAGGAAGAGGAGACAUGUCAGAGGUGUUUAAAUGUAUGCAAGGUGUGGAAAAAGUAGAUAGAGAAAAGUUUUUUCUACUUCUCUCAUAAUACCAGAACUCAGUGUCAUUCGUUAAGCUGAAUUUUGGAAGAUUCAAGAUAGACAAAAGAAAGUACUUGUUCAUGCAGAGCACAACAGCUGUGUUCACAUUGCUGCCUUAGGGGGCAGUGAAGUCCCCCCCUCCACCGUGUUUCACAGGUUUUAAUCGCUCACUGUUCACAUCAGCACAGCUUCAAUAGUGUCAGAGUCGUUUCCAUUUUGGUGUACACACCAGGAGAAUGCAGGGAGUGCGCAGUAAACAGGAUUACGACCACACCCAUAGUUAAGCUAUGGAAUUCACUGCCGCUUUAAAAGAGGGCUGUUUUCGUUUGUUUGUUUAUUAAAUGUCUAUCUCGCCCUUCUUGCUAAUGAAGCCCAGGGCAGCAAACACAACUGCAGUACAAAUGCAAUUUUAAAAAUUAUGUAAAACAUUUCGGUACCAUUAAGAAUAUCUAAAAACAAAAAUAAUGCUGUAAGACGUGCUAUAAUAAAGCAUGCUUUUAAAAAAAUAGCACAACAAAACACAAUAAAACACAUAAAUAUUGUGUCUGGAUGGGCCCCCCUAAAUAGCUUUUCAGCUGCUGUCUAAAAGAAUACAAAAAUGGCACCCUCCUAAUGAAUGUCACUAGGCAGGGAGUUCCAAAGUACAGAUGCUCCAGCACAAAAGGCAUGACCAAAUGCAGAACAGACAUUGUGAGUUACUCACAGAAUUUCAGGUUCUGCAGAUUGAAGCGUUGAGCCAAUUUAUGAAGGCCAAUAGCCAUGAUGCCUAUGUUCUCCCUCUCAAGUAUUCCUCUCAAAGCCAGUUGUUGAGAACUACAAGUGGAGAGAACGCUAUUGCACCCGGGUCAUACUUGUGGAUUUUUUUGGGGGGGGCCUCAAAUGUCAGUGGUGCCCUGUGCAAUAGCAAAAUUUGGGUCCCCCCCCUCACCUCUUGUCUUCCAUUCUACAUAAUAGUUGUGGCACCCCAGUGACCAAACUGGUUAGGAAAGGUAAAGGGACCCCUGACCGUUAGGUCCAGUUGUGACUGACUCUGGGGUUGCAGCGCUCAUCUCGCUUCCGGGUUAUGUGGCCAGCAUGACUAAGCUGUUUCUGGCGAACCAGAGCAGCGCAUGGAAACGCCGUUUACCUUCCCGCUGGAGUGGUACCUAUUUAUCUACUUGCACUUUGACGUGCUUUCGAACUGCUAGGAUGGCAGGAGCAGGGACUGAGCAACGGGAGCUCACCCCGUCGUGGGGAUUAGAACUGCCGACCUUCUGAUCAGCAAGUCCACAGCGCCACCCGCGUCCCGACCAAACUGGUUGGGCUCCCCUAAAUCCGCCUCUGCUUGUGGAUUUAUGAUGGGCAUUAGGUUGGCCACCUGGAGAACAGAAUGCUGGACCAACCAGGGCUGGGCUCGACACGGCUGAGCUCUCCUUAACGUUCUUGCCAAUGCAUGCUGCUGUUCCACAAUAACUCCAUUCCCAAACAAUUCCAUCGGACGGGCUCCUUUCGUCAUUCCUGUCGCCUCUUGCCAAAUUCCCGGUAGGAGGAUGCUCUCCAAACAUUGCGUCUGCUCUGUUGAAACACCAGGGAAGGCGCUUCCUUGCAGGUGAUAGCAAUGCACCACGCCCUGGCAGUCUGGGAAACCCAGCCCUUCAUCCCAUUAGCAAGGAUAUAAGCGGCACCCCCACUUUUUGAGAACGUCUGGAGCAAUUUUCUCUGCGCGGAGCCGGUCCUGACUUACGAAGCGGGGCCCUGAACUUGCCAAAACAGAAAGGAUGAAGCUCAGUACGGGCAGGAUGCCCCUGGGGGUGAAAUCUGCCUUUGUCUUGGCAGUGGUUCUUCUUCUUCAAGGUAGGUAACUGACAGGGUGGUCCCAAGGGGGGGGGGACAUAAUAAAACAGGACUAUGAAAAGUUUUGUAGCUCCUUAAACAUUAGCACAUUCAUUGCAGUGUGUAGGAGCUUGUGAAAUCUAAUGGGCUGCGAUUCUAGCUCCACUUACCCGAGAUUCAGUAGUAUUUCCACAGUUAGGAUCGUGUUGUUAGUCUUUUAAGGCGCAGUAAGACCCUUUCUUGCCAGGACGCGGGUGGCGCUGUGGGUUAAACCACAGAGCCUAGGACUUGCCGAUCAGAAGGUUGGCGGUUCAAAUCCCCGCAACGGGGUGAGCUCCCGUUGCUCGGUCCUUGCUCCUGCCAACCUAGCAGUCCAAAAGCACACCAAAGUGCAAGUAGAUAAAUAGGUACCGCUCCAGCGGGAAGGUAAACGGCGUGUCCGUGUGCUGCUCUGGUUCGCCAGAAGCAGCUUAGUCAUGCUGGCCAUAGGACCUGGAAGCUGUACGCUGGCUCCCUCAGUCAGUAAAACGAGAUGAGCGCCGCAACCCCAGAGUCGGUCACGACUGGACCUAAUGGUCAGGGGGUCCCUUUACCUUUAAGACCCUUUCUUGGUUUUGCUGUAACAGAUUAUGGGAGAAAGUCGAGCUGCUUUCUGACUUCUUUUAGCUCCCAGCAACAAAGACUGUUCCUCCGGUCUGUUUUGCUUCCGAGGAUGAUGUGGGAUCCAGCCAGGUUGGGGGUGGGAUGGGGGAGAAAAAGGCCCUUUGAGUCACGCAAAAGAUGGUGCUACAGCCAGUAAUGUCACAAGGAAACAGUGUUGAGCAGUUCCGCAGUUCCUCCUGCCACCAGCCCCACAAUACCGUAACAAUGGCCAGUGGUGGAUUUUGGGCAGUGCAGAGAUUUUCCCCAUACAAGGCACUGAACAUCAUCAUCAUCCUAUUCAGUGGUACCUCAGGUUAAGAACUUAAUUCGUUCUGGAGGUCUGUUCUUAACCUGAAAUGGUUCUUAACCUGAGGUACCACUUUAGCUAAUGGGGCCUCCUGCUGCCCCACGCCGCCAUGAGCGAUUUCUGUUCUCAUCCUGAAGCAAAGUUCUUAACUCAAGGUACUAUUUCUGGGUUAGCGGAGUCUGUAACCUGAAGUGUAUGUAACCUGAAGCAUCUGUAACCCAAGGUACCACUGUAUUUAUAUGGGUAUCUGCUGAUAAUGUCCAUAAAAAGCAACAGUACCCAAAGCAAUUAUUGUGAAAAGAAGAAAUAUAUUUUUUGGGGGGGUGGGGGCAGAGAUGCAAAUGCUGUCCUCGCUCAGAGUGCCAUAUUACCAAAGCCGGGCCCUGCAAUGGCUUUCUCUUCUGGAAAGAAGUAGGAUUUACUUUGAUUGGGCUGGAAAAAAAUGGAGCCUGUCUAUGAGUUACCCUAGUAGCUGGUUUGAAAUAUAUGACUAGACACCACAAUGCGUAAGAACUAUGUUAGGAAAAAAUGGUCUUGUGUCCUGGCAGGUUAGGAUGCUGGAGGGAAUACUGAGUAGACUCAAACGCUGAUACUGUUCUUCAUUCACCACUGCCUGCAAAUUUAGAGCAAGGGGAUGGGCCUAAACUGUGCUCCCUAAAUAUUUUUGGACUCCCAAUUCCCAUCAGCUCCAGCCAGCCUGGCCCAAUGGUCAGGGGUAAAGGGGAAUUGUAGUUGAGCAGCAACUUUGAGAGCCACAGCUUAGGCCCCCAGUUUGGAGAGAGACUGAAGGAAUUGUAGCCAUUAUUUCAUGAGGCCGGGCAAGCAAUCAGCAUACCUGUUUGUUAGAGAAAUGUUUUAUUUUAAAGCAGCAAAUGUGUAAAAUAGAUUUACGUAACUCAUCCAGAUGGGUGAAAAAGGAUUUUAACAAUGUAAAUGAGAGAGAGAGAAAAACACAUGCUUAUUAACCUUUAGAUGGAAAUCAGUGAGGGUUAGAAGUACUUGACUUCAUCUAGGUCAGGCAUGUCCAACAGGUAGAUCGUGAUCUACCAGUAGAUCACUGGAUGUCUGCGGUAGAUCCCUGGUAGAUCCCUGGCUUCCCCCAAAGAAGCUGAACAACUGUGGCUCCCCUUUAAAAAGCUCAACGUUUUACCUCCUCCCUGAAAAAACUCAACAACUUUGACCCGAACCCCAAAAAAGGGGGUUGAUCACUGCCAGUUUUUAACUGUGAGUAGAUCGCAGUCUCUUGGGAGCUGGCCACCCCUGAUCUAGGUCAUGCAGUUGUGUGGUAUAGUGGUUAGAGCACCAGACCUGGAAGACCAGGGUUCAAAUUUCCACUCGGCCAUGAGGCUCACUGGGUGAUCUUUGGCCAGUCGCUGCAUCUGUUCAGGGGGUUGCUGCUUCCGUCUGGACAGGAAGGGAGGGGAGGUUAAUAUCCAAGUUCAAUUAUGAUGCUCACUGGAUAGCUUGGGACAUCAUCCCUCGACCCAACCUAGAAGGUUGUCGUAAGAAUUAAAUUUGUAAGAACUGUAAAUAGGGAUCGCAUCAAGCAUCGGUAUUAUUGGCCAUUUGGUAGGGUCACUUCUCUGCACAGGGCCUGCGGCCAACUCCUGAAGUCUCUUGGAUGUGCUCUUCUUCAAUGCCUCUUCACCUGCCUGCUCCUUGCAUGCAAGCAGUGGCAAGAAUGAGGACCCUGAACACCAGCCUCUCUUUCCCAGUGGGAGCAGGAAAGCAAAAACAGGCAAUAUUAAAGUGAGCCCACCUAGUACAUCUUGCCCAAGACUUCUCCGAAUCUAGAGAUGAGCCGAUACCGAUUGUAAAGAAUGUUGGAUAUAGUUGGACUAAAUGACUCUCGUGGUACCUUCCAACUCUACAAUUCUAGGAAGUGCUGUGGAAAAGGUUCCCCCUGAGGUUGAUGUGGGGGGCGGGGGGAGUGGAAUUCAGAAGAAGAUCUCAGGCAGACCUUCUAGAGUCUACUGAGCAACCAGGAAGCAUCGCUCCCAAGGAGGACGUGUGCAGGUGCCAAAUCUCUGUGGCCGCCGUCUGCUUCCCGUCUGCUGUUGUCAAAUCAGCCGGUCAACAUGGUUGCCAUUGCUUAUUUAUAUCUUUCUUCCAUGGCACCCAUACCCUCAAACCGUCCCCAUUUGCUCGGGACAUUCAUGGCGUUACAGAAGCCAUCCCGACUUCGGUAGCGGCGCCCUCCUUGUGGAACCCACUCCCUUCAGAUGCCAAGGAAAUAAACAACUACAGUGGUACCUCAGGUUAAUUUGUUCCGGAGGUCUGUUCUUAACCUGAAACUGUUCUUAACCUGAAGCACCACUUUAGCUAAUGGGGCCUCCUGCUGCUGCUGUGCCGCUGGAGCCCGAUUUCUGUUCUUAUCCUGAAGCAAAGUUCUUAACCUGAAGCACUAUUUCUGGGUUAGCGGAGUGUGUAACCUGAAGCGUAUGUAACCUGAGGUACCACUGUAUCUGACUUUUAGAAGACAUCUGAAGGCAGCCCUGCUUAGGAAAGUUUUUCAUGUCUGAUGUUUUAUUGUGUUUUUACUGUUCUGCUGGGAGCUGCCCAGAGUGGCUGCGGAAACCCAGCCAGCUAGGCAGGAUAUAAAUAAUAACAUUAUUAUUAUAGGGAUGAGGUGGUGCUGGCUCCCACGAGAGCGCCGCACCAAAAGACAUGCAUCCUGAUUUUUGUUAGAGUAGUGUUGGAGGGUGCAUAAAGAGGUCCCAAGUGGUCUCCUACUCAGGCACUGUCCUAACCCCAACCUUCUUAGCUUCAGCAAAGAAGUUGCAUCAUGUGGGGCCGUAUCUACCUGUGUCUGAGUUGGCAUAUCGUGCAUGGCUCUGGGCCUACAGAGUUUCUGUCCCCAAAAAGGAGGAGAAGUACUAGGCGAGUUUGUUAGACUGGUGAAACUAGAUUGCUUCUUGAGUGUGCCCAAGGUAUCAUCCAUCUCUAUUUCUAACCCAUAAUUACCCCUUUGAAGUUGGCGAGUUUGAAAGAGAGCGGCCAAGCUGAAGACAUUUAACGAGUUUAAUGCCUGCCAAGAUGUUAGUAACCCAUGUUCAAACGCUAUCAAAUCCUCCUUCAAGAACCAUUCGCUAUGGGUCUUUAUGAGCACUACCCAUUUGGUACAUGGGUGCUGCCAACACUCUGUGGGAUGCUCAGACGCUGGCAUUCAGCCUAUGUUGUGAUCAAGGAUAAGAGCUAGGUCAGGCCAGGAUCCUGUUCUCACGGUGACCAGCCAGAUGCCUGUGGGAAACUCACAAAAACGCAAUAAGGAUCAACGGAUCAUUCUGUUUCCUGUCUUUGUUGGUUGGGUAUGUGUUCAUUCAUUAGUCCAUUCGGACCCCUUUCCUUUUUCACCUUAAUCUACAGUCUGUCUGAAAAAUUGAAUUUUAAAUAUCUACAGUGGAACCUCGGUUUUUGAGAGUCUCGGAAGCUGAACGAUUUAGAAGCUGAAUGCCGUAAACCCAGAAAUAAUUGCUUCCAUUUUCGAACGCACCUCGGAAGUACAGUGGUACCUUGGGUUACAUACGCUUCAGGUUACAUACGCUUCAGGUUACAGACUCCGCUAACCCAGAAAUAGUCCCUCGGGUUAAGAACUUUGCUUCAGGAUGAGAACAGAAAUUGUGCUCCGGCGGUGCGGCAGCAGCGGGAGGCACCAUUAGCUAAAGUGGUGCUUCAGGUUAAGAACAGUUUCAGGUUAAGAACGGACCUCCUGCACAAAUUAAGUACUUAACCCGAGGUACCACUGUAGAAUGGCUUCCUCUGCGUGUUCUUCCAUUUCCCCCCCCAAUGGAUUUUGCCGAUUGCCCAUCGACCCUCAGUUUUCAAACGUUUUGGAAGUCAAACGGUCUUCCGGAACGGAUUAUGUUUGAAAACUGAGUUUCCACUGUAUUUUUGAAAGCAUUUUCUCAGUGGGUACGCAGUUCUAAAAGCCCAGAACUGUGCUGCAAAAUACAGAGAAGGGAAAAGUCCAAAUCGUGUCUGUGUUCCAAUGUUCACGUUAGUCUGGGAGUUGCGGAUCAAGUUCAUUCACAUCAAGAUUCCUGAAGAAUGAAAUGCUCCUGCCUCCCUGGUUCUGAAGCAUUCCAAGUAAGCGUUGGCCCACGGUUUUACUGAACUCGGUUCAGUUUCUUCUUCUGCUGUUAUGAUCAGGAGCCCUUAAUUUGAAUUUAAACAGUGAUGUGGGCGAGAGGGACAGUCCUCCUGGAUGGGAGACGACAGGUUGGCAAGGCAUUCACCCAUCCUUCCCACUGUUCUGUCUUGUGGCAAUUCUGAUAUGAAGCAUUCUGGGACCACAACAAGACUGUGCCUUGGCCAAAGGCCUGGUGGAACAGCUCUGUCUUGCAGGCCCUGUGGAAAGAUGUCAAGUCCCGCAGGGCCCUAGUCUCUUGUGACAGAGCGUUCCACCAGAUCAGGGCCACGGACGAAAAAGCCCUGGCUCUGGUUGAGGCCAGCCUAACCUCCUGUGGCCCGGGAUCUCCAAGAUGUUUUUAUUUGAAGACCGUAAGGUCCUCCGUGGGGAGGCAGUCCCGUAGGUACGAGGCGGUCCCGUAGGUACGAGGGUCCUAGGCCAUAUAGGGCUUUAAAGGUUAAAACCAGCACCUUAAACCUGAUCCUGUACUCCACCGGGAACCAGUGCAGUGUGCAGAGUGUGUGUCCAACAGCCCACUGAUGUAUUUAUUUAAGAAAGCUAUAUCCUUUACAAAAAACAACAACACAAAAAACAUAAAAGAUACAAAAUCAAAAACAUCAGAAAAUAGAAAACAUUAGAACAAUGUUCAUAGCGCAGAGGCCUCCUGAAACAAAGUCUGUUUAACCUAGCAAGGCCUGAAACUUAGCAGGGACGGCGUCUGUCUGGUUUCUCAUGGGAAGGAGUUUCAAAAAGUUGGGCCUAUUUUGUGAGUUGUGUUUCUGGUCCAUGGAAGACCAGCAGUAGUGUUCCCCAGUUAUGAUCUAACUCAUCGCCUUAAGACAUUUGUGGGAAAGGCAUAGACCUAGCCCUAGAAUUGUAGAGUUGGAAGGGCUGCAAAGCUGGAAUCUUUUGCCCAAGGAGGGCUGUCCUUAAGGCAUCCUGGGCCCAAUGUUGAAAGGUAGGGGGAUGCACACCAAAGCUUAGUUUAAGCAGAGUAACCCUUGAUUCACAUCUAGGCCUGGGAUUGGAGCAAAGACUCUCUCCAAAGUGAUCUAGGUACUUUCAAGUUCAAAAUGGCCCCAGGGAUUGGAGGGGACGUUUUCGGACGACAUCGCAGAGUGCUGGUCAUUCCACACUGUGUGGAAUUUUGGCUGUUUCUGCAGAGCUCCAGAACUCCCGCUGUCAGAGCUUGACCCUUGCGAGAAAUAGGCACGUACGGCUUGAACUCCGUGAGAGUGAUUUCAAGGUAGGGGGCUUGAGAAACUUGAUUUCCUCGUGUUAUGAUGCAAACCGACUUGACCUGCGCUUCCAGGAACUCGUGCACGGAUAGGAAUGUAUGUACUUAUCCUUUGAAUUCUGCCGUUCUCUGAAUAUCGUAGUUCAGUUCUCAGCUUAAGGAAUGCAUGGGAACACAUUAAAAUGUGUCGUUCGGGAUAAAAAUAUGUUUAAAAAUGCAUGUAUUGGGAAUAAAUAUGUAUCAACGUACAAUUUUGAUAAUAUCUUUAAAAAUGCAUUUUUGUGGAGAUUUUAAAAUGUGAGAUUACAGUGGGAAUUGAUUGGAGCAGACUUUUGAAGAAACACACAUGAAGCAGACACAGACUUGAAGCAGGCUGAUCAAUCUAUCCUUAUUGCAGAGGGGUCUCUGGGGCAACUGGAUUCUCACAUGCUCCUAAACCCUUGCAACCUGGUUCAAUAUAUGCUAAUUUUUGCUUGGAUGAGAAGGUUGUAUAAUACAAGGCAGGAUUUAGGUUCCUUUAUCCUCUGUUUUCUGCCUUGGGCUCCUUUGCGAGGGAAGAUGGGGUAUAAAUUUAUUCAACAAGCAUUUCAAAAUUAUCUUUUUAAAGAAUUAAAAGAAUUAUUAAAAAUAAUAAAGCAAGCCUCCCAUUCCGAAUCAUCUUAUUUUCUUGCAUGUUGUAGUUCAUGAGCAGAGAACCUCUAGGUGCUGUUGCUCUCAAACCCCCCUCAUCCCAUUGUGUAUAUAUAUAUAUAUAUAUUGAAAAUUUUCAGGGGACAAAUAAAGUAAACUCUCAUCAUCGCUAACCAUUGACCAUGAUGGCUCUAGGGCUGAUGGGAGUUGGAGUCUAGCCACACCUGGAGGACUCCAGGUCCCCCCAAUCCUUCUAUCUGAAGCAAUAGCAGCUUUCAUCCCUCAGCUAUGAAUUCUGCAUUCCAGCAAAGGUGUGCUGAAGGUGACAAACAAUUUAAUUGGUUUCAGGGUGGAGCUGGAUCGUUUUGAGACAUACUAUUAAAAUUAUUGACGGCUGUGCUUCCUUCUAUUAAGACCCGAAUAAAUAAGAGGUUUGGCUGGCCUUUAUGAGGGGUCUGCGUCUUUGCCAAGGCGAGCUCUGCUGCCCUGCGUUAACUCCUUGACAGUAGAAGUUUGGCAGAAAUUAUACUUGCCUCUGUUUACAUGACUCUUAAAAGUAUACUGCCCUACUUGUCAUACGUCCGGGUUUUCCCGGGCAUUUUACCAAUUCAGUGAAAAUCCCGUAUGUGUCUGGGAGAACCCGGACAUAUGGCAGACCUAUCUUAAUGUAAAGAAGCUCGUUUAUACAGUACUGCUAUUUCUUAGUUGUGGAUUUUGGUUUGUUCUGUUUUGUGGGUGGGUGUGUUUUGUCUUUUGUUAUAAAGCUACGAAUAAAAAAGCUUUAAUAAACAACAAAUGGUGUUGUUCAGUCAUGGCUUUUGUAUUACCAACCAGCAUUUAUUGAUGAUUUUGUUAUUAUUGUACUGUAGUUCUAUAUGGUGUGGUAUUAUUAGGAAAGUGUGAUACGUAAAAUAUUUAAAUAAACAAAUAACUCACUUACCAUUUAAAGAUAAGUCAGAAGUCACCUUGAUUUUUGGGAGGGGCUUCUGUGCAUUUAAUCUCUUGGGGCCAGGCCAAUCCAACAGGUUAAGCUUCAACUUCACCACUGAGAGAGAAUGGGGAAAUUCUCAGCUGGUUGAAUUUCUGCCUGAUUUUGCUAGUAGCUGUGCCUUUAGUAUCCACAUUUUAGGCAGAUAUUGAGCAGAUGUCGCUUUCCCGGCAAAGAGGUGCAACUGUACCUGUUGAUUUUCUACCUGCGAAACACUUAAGAGCCACUUCACUGGGAUUAUGCAGUGCUGUUACUCAGAGGAAACAGUGCCAACGGCAACUUGAUUUAGCAUACUGGGAAGUUCUUUUUAACCCUGUUUAUUUUCCUAAACAGCCCGAAAUAUUCCUGGAUGUAGAAAUCAGUCAAUGAGAAGGACUCAUGCACAGUAUAACUGUGCUUGGACUUAGAGACAGCACAAUUCAAAUCCAGUUCUGCUAUAGAUUUACUGAAUGGGCAUGUAAGACUUGCAGGCCUGUUUCAUUUUGGAAGGAUGAUAGCUCAGUGUAGAACAUCUGCUUUGCAUGCAGACAGCCCCAGCUUCAUCCCUUAGCAUCUCUAGGUAGGACCACGAAAGCCCCAUAUCAGAACACCUGAGAUGGACCAGUGGCCUGACUUGGUAUGUGGUCCAGCCAGUUAAAUGGGAACUGAACAAAAUAACACAACAUGAUGGCCAAUAACAAUGGCACUAAACACUAUUUAUAGACUAAUACAAAUGAUCAGAAAUUGCAACCAAAGUCUCUAAAUCUUCUUCACCAGUUGCGGUGGAAUAAUUCAAAAGUUCGAUAAAUACAUAAUCUGUCACCAAAUAUCACCGGAACAGAGUUCCCGGAUAACCAAUCUGUUUCGUUCAAUGCUUCAUCAGCCAGUCUUGAUCAAUUAUUCAUCUGCCAGACUUGUAAGAAUUAAUAUGAGAAGGAUGCAGUUCAAUUUCUUAACAAGCCAAUCUUACAUGUAAGUAAAUAUAAACACUGUAGAAAAUAUGCUCUGGAUCAGUGGUCAUAUGAUACUGUAGUUACAAGUCUGGCUGAUGAAGAAUUGAUCAAGAAUGGCUGAAGCAUUGAAUGAAACAGAUUGGUUAUCCGGGAACUCUGUUCCGGUGAUAUUUGUUGACAGAUUCUGUAUUUAUCGAACUUCUGAAUUAUUCCACCGUGAGUGGUGAAGAAGAGUUAGAGACUUUGGUUGCAAUUUCUGAUCAUUUGUAUUAGUCUAUAAACAGUGUUUUUUUGGGACAUGGGUGGCGCCGUGGGUUAAACCACUGUGCUGCUUGGGCUUGCCGAUCGGAAGGUCUGCGCUUUGAAUCCCCGCGAGGGGGUGAGCUCCCGUUGCUCGGUCCCAGCUCCUGCCAACCUAGCAGUUCGAAAGCACGUCAAAGUGCAAGUAGAUAAAUAGGUACCGCUCCGGCAGGAAGGUAAACGGCGUUUCCGUGCGCUGCUCUGGUUCGCCAGAAGCGGCUUCGUCAUGCUGGCCACAUGACCCGGAAGCUGUACGCCGGCUCCCUCGGCCAAUAAAGCGAGAUGAGCUCCGUAACCCCAGAGUCGACCACGACUGGACCUAGUGGUCAGGGGUCCCUUUACCUUUAUAAAUAGUGUUUAGUGCCAUUGUUAUUGGCCAUCGUGUUGCGUUAUUUUGUUCAGCUGGUCUAUACUGCAACACAGGAAUCUGUUUAGGAGUUAAAUGGGAACAACACCUGAUCACAGGACUGAUACGAAGAUAGAUGGAUAAGGAAACAUUGUCACCUGUCCUUUGCCAUACAAAUAGGGUGAGGCCUGCACUUAAACUCUCAAUCCCUUGGGAGUCACUGGUGUGUGGGCUGCUGCCUGAGGCAGCAACAGGAGCAACACCUUAGAUGAAGCAAGAGGAAAGGAACCUGCAUAUUCAGAGAAAUCACGUGGUACAGAGCAGAUCUCUGGGGAGUAUACUGCUUGCUUGUUCUUUGGCUAAUGGUGUUUCCUCAUAUGUCCCUAAAAAACCUGCGUAAUGUACAAAUUGGGCUUGGGCAUGUGGCAUGGGUGUCUCAGUUUAUAGGCUCACCGUUUCACAAUCUCUCCCCUUUGUGGUCCUUUCCCAGGUGUGACAUGUAUGAGCCUUCGAAGCACUGCUGCAACAAGCGCUCCUGUAUCCCUCGGCGUGGCUAAUCCAUCAGUGGCCGGUACCCUUGAGAAGGAGGAGACCCUGGAUGAAAACGAGCUUGAUGACAAUGAGCCUAAAACGGAUUAUUACGAGGCCGACCGUGACGACUCCCUGGAAUACGAUGGGACCGUUUCACUUGACAAAGUAGGCACAACCGAGUCCCCAAAAGACACCAUGAAAGAAGACGCCAACGAGGAGGGAGCGAGUAACGUGGAAGUGUCCCCAAAGGAGAACAGGCGAGCGGAAACCAACAUUUUGGAAGGGGUAGUAGACCCAACUGACCUCGAUGAUGCCCUUAACUUUAUCAGUCUCAUUGCCAAGAGAGCUGCUGAGGAGCUGGAAGAGGAAGAGGCGGAGGAAAUGAUGUCGAGUGACGACGACGCUCUUAACUUCAUUAGGCUGGUUGCCAAGAGAGCCGCUGAAGAGGAGGAGGCAGCUGAAGAAGGGAAGCCGGUCGACGAGGAUUCCUUUUUGUUUACCGACCUGCCCAAAAUCUUGGGGCCCUUGCUGAAAGCGUUUUCUAGCACGCCAGAAAAUUCUGAGGCUCCCUCACCGGAUGACUUCUUUUCUUGGUUUCCUGACCUGAAGAAACUGCUGGAGGAUCCCAAGCCAACUGGCAGGAGAUCUUAUCUGCCUACUUCUCCACAGCCAGCCCUGCAAAUAUCCCCCGCCUCUCCCCAGCCCACUGGAUCUGAAGGCCUUUCCUCUCCAUCUCUGCCAGAAGCAUCAGCCUCCACUGCCCAACCAACCAUACCUGAACCUCCUCAGACAAGCCAGCCUUCUCUCCCAGAAGUCCCAGACUCAGAAGAGAGAUUUUAUUAAGCAGGCACAGCCAAGCAGUCCUCACCUUUUUGGAGAAUGAGAAAAUGAAAAAGGAAGGCUGGUCGGGAGUCUCAUUCCUCCAACCUCCUCUUUCUCCUUGAGAUCACCUCUAUUUCUUAUUAUUAACAAAGUAUAAAAAGUAAGCACAAUAUACGCUUUUAAACACACACCGUUUUUCAUUUGGCAAUUUAAUACUGCAUCUACCCAAGAGCUACACAAAGGUGUGUUGUACUUAGGGAUCGGAGGAGAAAUUCAAUUUGGUUUGCAUUUGAAUUGGAGCCUGCCUAAUUUGCACAUCCCAAAUCUGCGCGUGAACAGAAAUGCUGCCUUAUCUUAGUGGGCAGACUUAUCUAUCCCUAACUGUAUUUGGGCAUAGUGAACCAACUCUGCUUUGUUUCCUUAAAUACAGCCCAGCCUCCAGAUUCUCCCCCAUCUUCAUUAAGCUAGGAAUCUGCUGCAGGCUUGUAUAAAGAGCACUGCCAAAAAGCUGUAUAUCACCUUGCUUAAUAAACCUGUUUGGUUACUAGUACCUGCGUGGAGCCUGAAUCUGUAGUCAAGGUUCAAGAGACAAGAACAAUUACC